AUGACAGCUGCACUACAACAAUUUAAUUAUCAACAUAUUAAUUGUUAUGCUCAUAUGCUUCAACUUGCAAUAAACGAAGGUCUUAAGGAAUGUCAUGAAAUUAUCAAUAAGGCUAAAAUACUUAAUAAUGCACUUGUUUGUCGGGAUAAAUAUCGGGAAACUCUUCGACAUGUACAGCAAUUAAUAAUUAAUAAUAAUGUACAAUCAAAUUCAAAAAUUCUCGAGCCAAUUCGUGAUGUUCCAACAAGAUGGAACUCUACUUAUGCUGCAUUACAACGUCUUAUUUCUCUUAAAAAUGCUAUAUAUUCUUUAAUAGCAGUUCUCAAAAACGAUUUAAAUUACACGGUUAGAAAUGAUGGAAAUAAUUUGGAAAUUUUAUUAUAUAAUUUUUUUGAUGUUAUUCACGAUGGGUUUCUUCUACAAAACGAAAUGCAAAUAUAUGCUACGAUGUUACAAAUUCCAACACAUCUUCUCAACGAUCCAUUAUAUCUUACGGAAAAUCCACUUAUAUGGUGGAAAUUACAUCAUAAAGCAUUGCCUAUUCAUGCCAAGCAAGCCCGUAAAUAUCUUGCAAUUACUGCUUUGUCAGUUCCUUCCGAAAGAUUAUUCUCAGAUGCUGGGGCACGGCUAAAGCCUGGUGGACAUGUGAUCUGGCACGGG